AUGAAACUUGUUCAAUGGAGUAUUGUUCUUGGGUUUUCUAGCAUGGCUCUUGCAGCUGUUCCUUCUGAUAGCCCAGAAGAUAACCCCAACUUGCAGCGUCGUGCAUUGGAAUUGGAAUUACCAGAACAAGAUGUGCACAUGUUUGCUCGCUCGCCUAUGCCACAAGUUCUGGAUAGUGAUUCUAUGCCUGGAGGUUCAGGUCAAUCAGACAGUUUGAGUCAGAGACGUUUAAUACGACAGCAAAACUUGGAGAAAAUAGAAAGAAUGACAGUGGAACGGGACAAACUACAAAAAUCUUUAGAUGCGAAAAGAGCGAAACUCAGAUCGGGACUCAGUCCAAACGAUCCAGAUUGGAUGAGCCCGGGGUUAAAGAAAAGCUUGGGGAUGGUUCAAAAAGCAAAAGAGAAGCAGGAACAAAAAGCGGCACGUAAGUUGAGGAAACAGUCGGAGAAUCAGAACCAAGGACGAAAAAAGGGAUUAAUGAGUCGUAUAAGAGGAGCAUUUAAAGGAAAACCAAAAGGUACGCCAAGUGCGACAAAGGCUCAAAAGAAAGCUGCUAGAGCUGCCAGACAUGAGCGCAUAGAUAAAAAGUACGAUACCAGAAUGCAGCGUUUGAAGGAAAAGCAAGCUGCCAGAGCUCAGGUCAUAGCACAAAAGAGAGCGCAGUUUUCUAGCUCUUUUGGAAAAAUGAUGGGAAAGUAA